UCGUACCAGUCAUACAGUGGAAGCUAAAAGUAUUCUGAGGAAGUACGCUUCACGAUUUUCUGAUAGAUUAGUCAUCAUGGCAGGAAAGGAAAAGAGGGACACUUUUGAUGAGGAGGAGGCUGAAGACUUGAUGGACUGUGCAUCUCAAGAAGGGCCAGCGGCCAUGACAGAGCCUAUCAUCAAAGAAUCAGAAUGUGGACGGGAGCGAGCACGUCGGCGUUGGGUUACCGUUGAGUUCAUUGUGAUCCUCAUUGCGGCUAGCUAUGGGGGUAUGGCCACACUCUCAGGACAGUACAUCAGACAGCGUGUAAGCUUAGAUCUCUAUGGCAACACAACGCAUUCAAACAGUUCACAAUGUAAUCAAGGCAAUGCUACUAUGGAAAUAGAAGAGGAAAUACAGAAGAUCACAUCAAAGUGGUCUCUUUAUCUUAAUACUUGUGCUGCACUUCCAAGUAUCUUCUCUACUUUGAUCAUCGGUACGCUCAGCGAGCGGUACGGUAGAAGACUGCCUAUCCUCUUACCAUGUAUAGGAUUCCUAGGUCAGUGUGUUGGGCAGCUCUGUGUUGUUUAUCUCAGUCUUCCUCUGAGUUACCUACUGUUUGGUAAUGUGUUCUGUGGUCUGAGUGGAAGCCUGUCUUUGUUCAUGGCAGGGUGCUUUGCGUACAUCACUGAUAUCACAACAGAGAAACAACGGAUGGUGAGAAUCGUCGUCAUAGAGAUUCUCAUAUUUGCUGGUAUAGGAGCAAUGCAGAUCGGUUUGGGAUACAUGAUCAAAUCACUUGGUUUUGGGCUAAGCCUAUGGAUACCAUUCACUGCCGUGCUCCUGAGUGUUAUUAACGCUGGAAUACCAUUGCUCCUCGUAGAAACAAUUGUUCCCAAGUCAAAAGAAGAGCAGAGAGAUUUGGCUGAAGUUCUCAAAGACAUCAUUAAUCUAUUUCGUGUAAAAACAGAUAAUCGCCUGUAUCUGCUGCUGACAAUGUUUGCUGUGAGUCUUCUAGUUGGUAUCGUGAUCCAAGGGGGGAUCGCGAUCACCGUUCUCUACGGGCAAGGACAACCCUUUUGCUGGGACUCAAUAACUAUUGGAUUCUUUAUUACUACUUCACUAGCUAUACCAGGCAUUGGUACGGUAAGUGGAGCCGGCAUCUUCCAAUGGUGCAAACUCGGCUACCUGUGGAUAAUACAGAUCGCUAUCUUGAGUUGUCUAGCUAAUACUCUAGCAUUAGCAUUCACCUACGUCAUUCAAUCGACUAUUCUCAUCUUUGCAAGCACUUUUCUAGGAUUGUUCAAGCUCCUUGGCGUUCCUGUCAUACGUACAUUCCUCUCAACAGUCGUGCAGGAUCAUGAACAUGGGGCAUUGUUUGCUUCGCUUGGUGUAUUGGAUGGUCUGUGUUCGUUUCUUGCCUCACCCAUUGUGAAUGGAAUAUACUACAGUACUAUCGACGUAUUAUCAACUACAGUCUUCUUCUUCAUGUCUGCUUUAUUAUUCAUCCCUUUUAUCAUUACAGGUGCCCUACAAUGCAGGGGAUUUGGAAGAGAAAAUAGAAAUCGCCCUCUAUCAAUGAAUGCAGACGUUAAUGAUGAAACAGGACUUCUACCACCACCAGAGAAUGAUCAGUAGAUGAGCCGUCUAUCAAUCAUUCAAUGCAGACGUUAAUGAUGAAAGGGGGCUUCUACUACCACCAGAGGAUGAUCAGUAGAUGAAGCAUUUAUUCCCUCUGCAAAAUACAACUGAUGCCUUUGUGGAAGGGGAAGUCCACCCUCAUAUUAAGUGGGUUUUAAUAGGAGUAGAAACAUUGGAGAAAUAUGUCAGUGAAAGGUUGAGCAAAAACCGUCUCAAAAUGAAAAAGUUAUGAAUUGUUGAAGGUGCGAUGAACCAAACACAGAUUUGCAACUCUGUGAUGUAUCUUGCAACCAAUAACCAAAAAUAAUUGUGUUUUCCCUUUUGAAAAAUCGCAAUC